AGAUUCGAUAUGUGGACUCCUCCAGUCGAUAAUCGUAUUUUUCCACUUUUCGACACUCGUAAAUCGAUUUACGAGUGAAAUUCCCAUUGUUCUUUAUUAAAUGAUUAUUACACCGAGAUGAUUUAUAUGACAAGUUUAAGUUUUUCUCUAGUUACCAUGUGAAACAAACGAAAAGUCACUAAAUGCUAUGUUUAGUGACAUAUAGAUGAGAAGCAUGAUGUAAAAAUGUAGAUUCGUUUCAAAGGCAUUAAAAUAAUAAUAGCGAUACAUAUGUAUAUAUCAUUAUUAUAUAAAUUGUAUUUUCUGUGAUGUGCGCGUUUUAUUUUGGAAUAUACUAAAUUAAAACAUGACAAUGUUAUCGUUGGAGUGAAUCAGUUCCGCUGAGGAAUUGAAUAUAAACUGUUACUAGAUGGAGUUAAUGGUACGUGUUACGUAUUCACGUGACUGAAAUGGCAUGACUCGAUUACGAAAAUGGGAAAAAUAUUUGAAAUUACGCAACACUUCAAUUACUAAUCAUUAUUUUAUUUAUUAAUAAUCUAUUUUAUCUUUUUUUUUAUACAUACGAUACAUACAAUUAGGUUAUAUUAAAAAAAUAAAAGUCAUAUUUUCAAUGUAUAAAGAACAAAGAUAAUAAAAUGAUGUAAUAUUUUAGAAAUUAGCAACAGCGUUACGAAAUAUAGUUUAUUCAAGUCGAAGAAUCUUGCACUUUGAAACUUUCGCGCUAAAUUUAUAACGAGAUAUUCGGAAUCGAAACAAUGAACUAUUAUAUCGAUGAACCAACCAAUUCGUCAUUCCUCCUUCAUCCUUCAACCCAUAACCAACUCUAACCAAACUCAACCACAAUCUUUUCAACAAAAUAAACCAAAAUGUAACAAACAUAAAUUUAAUUUCAAAAUUAAUCAAUCAAUCCGGAACCAAUCAUUCUACAUAAUAAAUUAAUCUUUGAAACAAGACAAACUCGUGAUGCAUAAAUCAGAUUCUUUUACAAACCAACUAGAGUCACUAUUGGAACUGAUGUUAAGAAAUUCUGCCCAAGAAUCGAAAAAUACGGAAAGAAAAGAUAUCAAUAUCGACGAAUCAGAUAUCGAAAAUACUGAUAACGACGAAGAUUAUUCCGAAUCGAGUGAAGACGAACAGAAUUCUGACAACAAAUACGGUUACGAGAAUAUUUUACGUUUUAAGAAAUUUUACGAAGACCACACGCAUAACGACUUACAGGAAAGCAAGCAUAAAAGCAUCUGGGACGAUUACGUGUUCAAGGAUAAAAUGUACAGAGUAAUCCUUAUAAAAUUAGACAAAAAUAAAACGAAAACAAAAGACUCGAAUUUAAUUAAUGAAAAUCAAUUAAUGAAACAAAAAAUAAUAAAAAAAAAGGAAAUUGAAAGUGUGAACUUGCAUAAAAUUUGCAGUCUAGCGAUUGGCACUGAUAGAUUAUUUGAAAUAUGA